UGCGGCCCGUGUAUUCUUCGCGGCUUCGCUGUAGCUAACUUGCUAAACACUUUUCUGAGGGGGAACGCUAACGUUCCAGGAUUAGCUAGCAAAGCCCGUAACGUCUACUUUUACCUGGGGAUAUUUUAUACAUUUUAUUGUUUUUUUAAUGGUGGGGGUUUACAUUGUUAAACUGUCGAUAUAUGUAGGCGAUGUUUGAGUGAUGAUUCGUUGAAAAUUAAAAAAAGAAGGAAGAAGAGGAAGAAACAAUGAAAAGAAUUUUAAAACUGAAUUGAUUUAGAAAGGAGCGCGCGACCGACAGACCGGGAGAUUUUUUUAUUCAGUUAGCUAGCAGGCUAGUUGAGAAACUAGCCUAGCUAGUUAGCUAGUUUUUUUUUUUUAUUAUUUAUUAUUAUUAUUUUACGUUAAUACAUCAUUCAUUUGGUUUGCUGUCAGGGUGUGAGUUUUUAUUUUCAUCCAGUAUUUGUUCAUCCCGAUGGCGCCGCAGAAAUACCCGGGUCAGGUGGUGAGCGCUGCUGCGGGCGGCAGGGCGAGUGGAGCGGUGUGUGUCUCCGCCGUCAACUCGGUGAAAAAGCCCAAAAUGGAGCAGAUCCAGGCCGACCACGAGCUCUUCCUGCAGGCCUUCGAGAAGCCUACGCAAAUCUACAGAUUUCUGCGCACAAGGAACCUAAUCGCUCCAAUUUUGCUACACAGAUGUCUUACGUUCAUGUCCCACAGAAACUCUCGAACGAACGCUAACAGAAAAUCGUUUAAAGUGGACAACAUGUUGGCGAAGGUGGAGAAGAUGAAAGGAGAACAGGAGUCACACAAUUUAUCAUCGCACUUGCAGCUGACCUUUACUGGAUUCUUUUAUAAAAACGAUAAGCCAUGUCAAAACUCCGAAAACGAGCAAAACUCAGUUUCACUUGAGGUGCUACUUGUUAAAGUCUGCCAUAAAAAGCGAAAGGAUGUCAGCUGCCCCAUAAAGCAAGUGCCUACAGGGAAGAAGCAGGUGCCUUUGAACCCAGACGUGAAGCAGACGAAGCCGGCGUCCUUCCCCACGCUGCUCGUGUCCAGCACCGAGUUCGAGCCGAGCAACAGCCACAUGGUCAAGUCCUACUCUCUGCUGUUCAGAGUGUCACGGCCUGGAAAAACACACUCCAGCACCUACGUCAAUGGAGAGACAGAUGAGAACAUGGAUGUGAAGGAGGAUCUGUCGAGCAGGAAAAAGAGGGGCGUGUCUCACCGUGAUGAUGAGGGAAACGCCACGGAGACAUUUGUGGCACAGAUGACCGUGUUUGAUAAGAACAGGCGACUGCAGCUGCUGGACGGUGAGUAUGAAGUGUCAAUGCAGCAGAUAGAAGACUGCCCCGUCAGUAAGAAAAGAGCCACCUGGGAAACCAUCCUGGACGGAAAGAGGUUGCCUCCGUUUGAAACUUUCUCUCAGGGACCGACUCUACAGUUCACACUACGCUGGACCGGUGACCCCAACGACCCCUCGACGGCUCCUGUAGCUAAACCACUCUCCACACGCAACUCGGACACCAGUGGCCCCGAAAUUCGCACGCCCACCCUCAGAUCUGCCCCAGCGGUAGUGAAAGACUCGGUGAACAGCAGCAGCAGUAGUACAGGCGGAGGUGGAGGUGGAGGUGGCGGAGGAGGCGGAGUUCAGACCAGGAGGGAGCAGACCGUCUCUGAGCCCAGGCAAAAACUCCGCAUUUUCUAUCAGUUUCUGUACAACAAUAACACUCGACAACAGACAGAGGCCCGUGAUGACCUGCACUGUCCCUGGUGUACGCUGAACUGCCAGAAACUCUACAGCCUCCUCAAACACCUCAAACUCUCACAUAGCCGCUUCAUCUUCAACUAUGUGCCUCAUCCCAAAGGGGCGAGAAUAGACGUUUCCAUAAAUGAAUGUUAUGACGGCUCGUACGUAGGGAAUCCUCAGGACAUCCACAGCCAGCCAGGAUUUGCCUUCAGUCGCAAUGGCCCCGUCAAGAGGACCGCCGUCACCCACAUCCUCGUCUGCAGGCCCAAGCGCACAAAGCCAAGCCUGUCGGAAUUCCUGGAGUCGGAGGACGGCGAGCCGGAGCAGCAGAGGACGUACGUGAGCGGACAUAAUCGUCUGUACUUCCACAGCGACAGCUGCAUGCCGCUGCGUCCUCAGGAGAUGGACGUGGACAGCGAAGACGAGAGAGACCCUGAGUGGCUGAGAGAGAAAACCUCCACACAAAUCGAGGAGUUCACAGACGUCAACGAAGGAGAAAAGGAGGUGAUGAAGCUGUGGAACCUCCAUGUCAUGAAAAACGGGUUUAUAGCGGAUAACCAGAUGAACCAGGCCGUCAUGCUGUUUGUGGAGAACUGUGGUCCUCACAUCGCGCACAGGAACCUGUGGCGCAACUUCCUGCUUCACCUGGUCAGCAUGCACGACUUCAACUUGGUCACCACGGCGACCAUCGACCGGGCCAUGACGCGGCUGCGGGAGAUUCAGGCCGAGCUGCCCAAGCCGGAGGAAAGCGCCUGUAACGGUCACGCCGUCUCCUCGGGGUUCUCCCUGCACGGCAAACGCACCAAGAGCGCCGUCACCGACUGAACGCAGAACGCCUCUCGAUCUCCGAAAGUCAACUCCGCUGUGGUUCAACGCCGAAUCAUCAUGACCAAGAGCACCACAUCCUAGAGCCACACCUACAGUCACAGGAUUCACACACAGCUAGCUGCUAGGAAUCAUCAACUCUUGCUUAGAACGUCUUUUAUUUUAUUUUAUUUUAGAAAGUGUUGUUUUUGGUUUUCUAGAACUAACUGGUUAACAUCUGCUGCUACGUUCCCAAAAUUAGCGCACAGCACAGAGGAUUGAGAAAUCACUUUUUAAAAUGUUUUAAUUUUCUAGAUUCUAAACAUUUAGAAAUAAAGGUUUUAGAGCCGAAGCUCAAAUUAUAGGCUAAGACUAGCUGCUGAAGUUCUGAGAAAAUAUCCGUCGGUUUUCUGCACAGUUCUAGAAAGCACUUUUUCUAGUUUUUGUAGAAUUCACUGAACAGUAAGUUUGAUGGUUUACCGUGUGGCGGAGCUCUAACCCACUCUAUUAAAAACAAACUCUGAGCCAGAGCCGAGUUGAUUUUGGAGAUCUCUCAACAGAAGGACGUUUUAGACCUGAACGCUGGUUUUAAAAACUGAAGCAGCUUUUUUUUGUGGAUUUUUUUUCACACAACACUGAGACUCUUGUUUUUUGUUUGUUUGUAUGUUUUAGUUUGUGUUCUCUGUCUGUCCGGCUCCACGUUCGUUAUAAUUAACUCUAGAAAAGACAAACUGCCAGUCCUGAUUAUAUUUUUGUUUUUUUACAGUCCAUUAGCACUUCACUUGUUUAGUGAUUUUUUUUACAUUUCUGCACGACCAUGAAGCAUGAGCUGACGUGCAGAAAGUCAGGGUUUUGGGUUUGUUUGUUGUUUUUUUUUUGUAUUUUUCGUUAUGAUGCCCUCUCUGAGUGUGGCACUCUUCCGUUUCAGCAUUAUUAAUUAAAUACUUAAUUAAUCAGCAAUAUUAUCUGAGCUGUGCUUGUAUUUUUGUCAGAUAAAGUUGCAGGAGGAGCAAAAUUGGACUGCUCUUAGACAUGAACACAUGGAUGGAUGGACGGAGCAUCACAAUAAUCCUGAUGAUUUUUUUUCCCCACAAACAGCCGAACAGGAGGCUAGCUGAAUAGUUGGAUAAUCUGAUCAGGAUGAUAAGCUAGAAUCCGGUAAAAUAAGUGUGUUGUACUUUAUAAAAAUGCCAAAGCACUCAGUUUUUUCCCCCUUUCACUCAGUACACAGUGUAUAUUUCAAAUUGUAAAAGAAAAAAAAUGCAUAGGUUUCCCUGUAAUGUGGAAAUAUGACAAAUUAAAAAUAUUUUAAAUGGA